AUGUAAGAAAAUUAAGACUAUGAUCCAGAAUUUCCUGCACCACCUCUAAUAGAUUCACCUAAAUCAUAAGAAUAUCAAAAAGUAUAGAUUUUAAUAAGUAUUAUUUAGUUACAAUAAAAGUAUUAAGCAAUUAAAUAAAUAGUGAUGUCAAGUGAAAAUUCAAAGAACCCUUCUGAAGUUUUAUAAAAGUUGCAAGUUUUCUUUAAUGGGAGAUAGGGUAAGGUGGAAUCAUAAUCAGAAUAAACAUAACCUGAAAUGAUAAAGAGUGCUAAUGUUUCUAGGAGAUUUAUAUUUUAGAAACCUGGAACUGCAAAUAACUUAAAUUAUACUCAAGAAUUAGAGAAAUAGAAUUCAAUGUUAAAAUAAAGAAUAAUUAAAGUUUCUUAAGCAAGAGAGAAUGAUACCAAUUAAAUUUAACUUGAAUAUAACAAAAUGAAAGUGAGAGUAGAAAAUUUAGAAUCAGAAAAUAAAAAACUAAAGUCAGAUUUCUAAAAAUGUUACACUUAAUUAAAAGAAAUGAAAUAAGAGAAAGAGGAAGAGGAAAAAAUGAAAUGGCAUAGAGAGGCAGUUUCUGAUAAAAAUCCAUAUUUAAUGGAAGAAUUUAGAAAGAAAUUAGAUGAAAAAGAUAAAGAAAUAAAAAGAUUAUCAAAAAACCUUAAAAAAGUAUAUAAAAAUAUAGAUAAAAUAGUUUACAAUUUUAGAAAAGAAAUUAUGGGUAAAGGAAAAAGCAUUUGAAGUAGAAAGAAGUGAAUAUUUAGAUAGGAUUUUAUAUUUAAGUGGAAGACUUGGUUUAACAAAAUUAGAAUGA